CCGCAGCGGGCGCAGCAGCGCGCUGGCACUGCUCCGUCCUGCUCUGCUCUCCCGCUCUGAUGUCAAUGGACUGCUCUUAACUUUUACGUGCGUUACGCGGUUCCCCGUGUGAUUCACCCCGUCAUAUCUGAAGGGCGCAGCGCCCCAGCCGAGCGGCUCUCUGGUUUCUCCCUCAGCCUUGGAUCACUACAGGGUGUCGGCAGCGCCCGUCCCAGCGCAGCUGGGCGAUAGGAGCUGCAGAGCGGACUGAGGGCAGAGGCGGUGAGUGAGGCUGGAGGCUGAGAUCAUGCGGAAGUGGAUUGGAGCAGAUGACAGCAGAUUAAAAGUCCGACUUCUUUUCUGGAGCUUCAGAUGAGGAUUUCGAUGAUUAGAAACACGGAAUUGGACCGUUGGGCACAAAACAAGUGUGUGGCUAUGAUCAAACUGCUGUUCAGGUCCAUGCACAUGCACCACUUGUCCAGUGUCAGUCUUAUCCGUGCCACAUCUGCUCUUCGCCAACAGCUAUACCCUGCCUGUACGGCAUGAACCGCAGCUUUCACUGGUUGAAGCACAGCAGCAAGUUCAGUAAGGGGGAAACCGUUCUCUCUUCAGGACGGCCACGUGCCUGCUGCUGUAUGCUGGGUUGUGUAUGGAUCCCGAAGCACUACUGUGGCUGACGUUGCUAAAUAAUCCACUUUAGAUUAAAAUUUAAUCAGUCACAGGUACCUCAGAAAGGCAGAGUGUGGACUGUACAUUUACAUCUUUUUAUUGGCUUGUUUACUCUGGUUGAACUUCAUACGUUGGGGUGUGGAUCCAGCUGACCUGGGUUUCAUGGCCUUUCCUGCAAGAGAGAAACACUGCGGAUACUCGGAUACUCGCCUGGAGCGAUUUGUUCCAGGAAGGAUGGUCCCUUUCAGUUUUCCUUUGUCAAAGUGUGCACUUUGGGACCCAGUCCCUAUGGGAGAUGUCAUUGGUUCACAUAUCAGCUAUUACAGAAACCCAAAAUUAUCUGUAAUGGAGAAGACCCUGCGUCUUGCCUAUCGUCAUGCUAAGCAGAGUGAAAAGCAGUUAUUUUCCUGUUUUUUGCUUGGGACUCUUGCAGUAGAUGAAGAUGGGGAAGGCAUAACGGUAACAAUAGACCGUUUUGAUCCUGGUCGAGAAGUUGCUAGUGGAUCAGGCAAAAUUCCAACUGCUUCUCUUCCUGGAGACUUUUUGAUUCCAUGUACAGUUAAUUCUUGGGGACCUUCUUCAGAUGAUGUUAUAGUGCAUAGUGCUGAAGAUAUCAGUUUGGCUUUUAAGGGUCUGCAGCACAGUCUGUGCAGUAAAGACUCACUGGAUCUUUCUAAACUGCUCACCGUUAGAGCUCACAUUGUUUUCACAGAAAACCUGGAUAAUCUAAAUUUUAAUUUUCACUGGGCUUCUAUUACUGCAGCAAAUAUCUUGGAAUACACCCCUAUGAAGUCUGUCCCAAUUAUUCCCACAGCCCUAGCAAGAAACUUGAAUAGUCCUAUGAAUAUUGCACAAAUUCAAGGGACUUAUAAAUGUGGCUACCUUACUAUGGACCAGACACGAAAACUACUUUUGCUGCUUGAGUCUGAUCCCAAGGCUUAUGCUCUACCAUUAGUUGGAGUUUGGCUGAGCGGAGUUACUCAUAUCUGUAGUCCUGAAGUCUGGGCGUGUUGCUUGCGGUAUUUAUUCAGCUCUUCAAUUCAGGAAAGGGUUUUUUCAGAAUCUGGGAGUUUUCUUGUUGUGCUUUAUUCAUUGAUACACAAGGAACCAGAGUUUUAUGAGUGCGUUCCGUGCAGCGGACAGACUGAACUAGGGUUUCAGCUCUUAACUUGCAAUGAAACAGUACAUCUCUUCAAAAAUGUUGAACCUUCAGACAAGAGUCCUAUCCAGUUUGAGUUGAGUGCAGAGAAACAAAAUGCAGAAACUGAGUUCUUCAGUAGGAUCUGCAAGAAACUGCCUAUUAGAAGUCCUCCCCAAGGCUCUUCACCCAGUAAGUUGUCAGCAAGUGAUCAUGACUCUGGUGUAGAAGAUGAGGAUUUAUCCCCCAGACCAAUUCCAAGUCCUCAUCCAGUGAGUCAACAGGUUACUAGGAUCUUUCCUUCAGUUCCUGAACUCUCCCUUGUUUUGGAUGGGAGCUUCAUUGAAUCAGGACAGUUGCCUAAAACUGUGGGCACUUCAAAUGCUAAAAGUCUACCCUCAGUGCCACAUCAGUCUAUCAAAAAAAAAUGUUCUUUGGGAUCUACAUAUUACCCUGCUCAGUGCUCUGAUGACAAACAAAACUUUGCUGCUAAUACAGGAGAUUCCUCUUUGAGGCAACUACCAAAUCACUCAAAUCAGAAAAUUCCAACUUCAAAGGCUUCCAGGGGAAAGCAAGCUCAACUACAGCAACAAUCUCACUGUAGGAAAGUUGGUCCUCAAACAAGAAAAAGUUCUGGAUCUUCUUCCUCUUCUCCUUCAACCCCCUGUAGCGGGCCUUCCCCAGAUACAUCUGUGUAUCAUCCCAAGAGGCUAUCAGAAAGACUUGCCUUAAAUCCUGAUGGAGUCGCACAGCAGGAAGAGUGUCCUGUUAAAAGAACCUCAGUAUCCAGUUCCAAGCAGCUUCCUUCUGUUACACAACCAUUCUUCCACAGCUCUGCUUUUUCAUCACAGAACUGCAGAAGACCAUCAGAACUGCAGGUGCCUGUUCAGGUGCCAUCCUGCUGUCCAGCCAGUGCAUGCAAUUGUCAGUUUCUUGGUCCUGUCCAAUAUAAUCCAAUAAAUUCAUGGCAACAAAUGGGAAAAAUGAGCCCCAAACAAGGAGCAGAAAUCCAAUCGGAGAUGGCUCAAGGGAAUCCAUGUGCAGCGUUCCAUCAAAAUAUCAUUUGUCCAAAUAUUUGCUGCAAUACAGGAUAUACCACAAGUAGCCCUAUAAGCUUGAGAUAUCAUGGGAAAAUAGGGAACUGUUCUCUUGAUAAUAGCUUAUCGCCUGGAGUAAGGCUUCCUUCAAGUGCAAGCCCCUGUAGCCUGCGGUUUUGUGCAGCACACUCACCAUGCACACACAUGCCUGCUUCUAAAACAGCAUCAGAUAAUGGAAUGAUGGGAUUAUCUCCAGAUGCUUACCGGGUUCUUACAGAACAAGAUAGACAACUAAAAUUGCUUCAAGCUCAGAUCCAACGCUUAUUGGAAGCUCAGGCUCAUCAGGCUUGUUCCUCUGAAGCAGCUACAGCUAGCAAUGCUCUGCAGCCUGAGAAGCGAGUGGAAUUUGUUACUAUGGAAACACAGUCCUCACCGGGUUUGCACACGAGAAAAAGUGUGAGCAUUGCUGUGAGCACAGGUGCUAGCUUAUUUUGGAGUACACCCUCUGAAAAAAAAGAAGAGCCCAUACCACAAGGAAAAAAAAAAGAUGCAGAAAUUUCUAAGGAAGAUAUAAACAUUUCAAUUAAUGCUGAGCAAGAUGCAAGUAAUACAAGUAUUGCUUCUUCUUUAAAGGUUGUAGACAUGCCCAGUUUUGUAGACAGUAUUCAUCUUGUUGAAGAAGGAACUCAUCAGAAUACACUCCAAAAUAUGGAUGUUUCCCAAGCACUUGUCCGGAAUUCAUUGUUAGAAGAAAGCAUUAGCAUGCCUUUACAGAAGGAGCCAACAGAGGGAGCGAGCAACCAUAUAGUGGUAACAAGUGAGCAAAACCCAGAGCUGCCUGUCUCCUUGCUACCCCAGCAUCCAUCAGAGGAUCAGAAGCUUUACCAGGACUUACUGGGCCAAGUAAACCACCUCUUGAAGUCCUCUGAAGAACAAGAUCGUUUGUCUGUGAAAGCAGAGUUUGUUAAUGCUGGUGGUCCUAAGUAUCAGGAUAUUGAUGAUGCAAGAGAAAGGGACUCAAAGUCUGACACGGAUGUGGUGGAUAAAGAGGGUGUGAUUAGUGCUACACUCAAGCAAUUGCGGAAUCUUGGAGUCUCAAUUGAAUCACCCAAUGAAAUGAAGAUAAAUACUCACAAAGUGGAGAAUGCCAGCAUCUUAGCAUGCAUAAAUCCUGAAGCAGUGGUUCCUGGACUAAAUUAUAUGUCAUUUGCCAAUGUCAGCAUGUGUGGUUUAACUCCUAAUGUAGCUGAUCUGAGCAUGGAAGCAAAUGCUAUAGCACUCAAGUAUCUCAGUGAAAAUCAGCUAUCUCGACUUUCUCUCAGUCACUCAGGCCAAAAUCCUCCUGCAGAUUUUUCUUUCCAAGAUGUCUUGCAUACAAAUAUGGACAAGAGCAUGGUGGGUCUUAGCUUAAUUUCACCAAACAAUAUGUCUUUUGCAACAAAGAAGUACAUGAAGCGAUACGGACUGAUACAGGGCAAUGACAGUAGUGAGGAUGAAGAGGAUCUUCAGGUUCAAGGCAGCAAUACCUGCACUGUCAAGAGUGAAAACACAUUGGACAAAAACUUUACCUGUGUGUUGGAAGGCUACAACUGCUGGACUGGACUUUCCAAAAGAACAGAUGAAAGACUUCCCGUUCAUCUAAAAAGUCACAGCAGAGAGGUGACUCAUAAUGCUUCUCUACCAGAAUUAAACAGCCCUGUAUUUAGAAACAUUACAAAUGAAAUUUUUCCUCCCAGAGCAGAUAAAUCAAAUGAAAACUCAAUUCAGAUUUUAAAGGACUUAAAAUUGAAAACCAAAUUGCUGCCUGGGAAGGUCGAAUUCACUGAACAACCUGGCAGGAAAGAUGUAGGAGAUACUCAGGUCUUCCCUGGAAAACUACAUGCACCACCCCUUGAAACAUUAAACCAUUCAGACAGCAUAAAUUCUGUGGGCACCAUUCUUGAUGUGAAACAACUCAGGCAGUUGCCAAAGUUGUUCUGACCAUCCCCUAAGACUUGUAACCACUCUUUCAAAUGUAAGAGGGAUUCCUGUUUAGACUGCAGGAAACCAAGGAUUAAGUUAUUUUUUGAAAGGUCACUCGUAGCAACAAAUAAAACUUGCAAAGCUGAGCUUUUCGGUCUACUUCUGAGACAGCUACCACUAAAUGCUUUAGUUGAUGCUGGCCAGCAUUGAAGUAUGUGUGCACUUUUGUUUACAAUUGAACAUGUUUAAGUAUUUGAAAGGUGAAUCAACUUGGAAUAACUUGAGCAGAAAAUGUGCUCUAAUGUACUUUUAAUAAUGAUACUUAAAUGCUCUUCUGUUGACUUUUGUUAAACACUGACUUUUACUUGCUUAUGCCAGCUGUGAGCCAUAGAUAGUAUGUGUGGCAGAGCAGGAGGUAACAGAGUUAAAGCACUAAUUUCUAGAAGUUUGCUCAGAUUGGAUUACAGUAUGUGUGGGGGUUUGUGUGGGGUGGGAAGGGAAAUAUAACCAUGGCCUUGUUUUGCAUAAAUUUUUUUGGUUUUGGACAAGAUGGCACAUGUAACAGAUUCUGUAUAUAUCAUAAAAAUCUUGUAAGGAAAUUUGAAAAAUUAGCACUUUUAUAACUUUUGCAAUUUUUUCUUGAAUGAAUGUUUUCUAUUUAUUUAAAAAGUACAUAUUGAUCAUAAAGGUCAAAGAUUUCAUUAAAAAAUAACUUUAGUUA